GAGUCUUUGACCAUUUUUAGGGCCAAUACAAGACCUUCGUUAAUUAUACUUCAUAUCUGUUGUCAAAAUACACAACUGGAAAUAAUUUAUUGCUCUUCUGAUUCGUUGCACAUUAGAGACAAUUGCCAACACUAAAAAGUUAAGAUAAAUAAUUGUAUUAUUGUCACGACCAAAAAAAUAUUAGCACAGCAAAUAUUUUGGGAAGCAGCUCACACCUCAAAACAACCUGCAAUAUAGGAACUCAACCAACCAUUCAAGGGUCUUACUAUAUAUAUUGUCUGCCAACCCUCCGCAAAUAGUUGACAGCUUUCCUUCAGCUGGUGGGGGCGGGGCUAUGCAAAUCACAACAUGACUGAGCGGAAAGUUGCCUCAAAACCGAUUCGCGUCACUGUCAUUCACAACCCAACAAGGUGAGACUACAGAACACAUCGCAUUACAGAAGAAAAACUCUUCUAGAGAAUCGCACCUCGGAAUAGCCUAAAAUAAGACUGAGCUUUUAUGCACUGGAAAGUUACUAUUCUUCAACUUUAAUCGUUGGACAUGCCACCUCAAAUGGAUUAUUAUUGUGAAGAAUCCCGCGUCGCCUCUUCAUGCGGAUUGAUGAGCCAAGAGACCGGGUUGGAGAGGGAGCCAGCGCCCGGGUUGGAGAGGGAGCCAGCGGCUAUCAGCUGUAUGCUGGUGGGGGACGGGGCUGUGGGCAAGACAAGCAUGAUAGUCAGUUACACCAGCAAUGGAUACCCCACGGAAUACAAACAGACCGGCUUUGAUGUCUUUUCUGGUCAGGUCCAAGUAGAAGGAGCCCCAGUCAGAAUACAACUACUGGACACAGCUGGACAGGAGGUGUUUGACGAUUUCCGCUCCCUCUCCUACUCCCAGACGGACGUCUUCCUGCUCUGCUUCAGUGUGGUCAACCCCACCUCCUUCCACAAUGUCACCAACAAGUGGAUCCCAGAGAUCCGAGCCUGCAACCCCUCAGCUCCCAUCAUCCUCGUGGGCACCCAGUCCGACCUCCUGCUGGACGUCAACGUUCUGAUCAACCUGGCCCGUGGCGGGGUCAAACCAGUGCUGACCCCUCGGGCGCGGAGCAUGGCGGUGAAGAUCAGAGCGGCMGACUAUGUSGAYUGUUCUUCGUUGACGCAGAAGAACUUAAAAGAGGCGUUUGACGCGGCCAUUUUUGCUGCCAUCAAACACAAGGRCAGGAAGGAGAAGAAGAGGCAGCUGURGGACAGACGCACCAAGGCCUUCUCUAAAUGCAGCUGGAAGAAAUUAUUCUGUUUUAUCUGAGAUGAGAUCCCAUGGGUCCUGGACAGAAUAAUGACUAUUAUUAUUUAUUAACUUAUGAAGACUUACUAAGAACUUGUAGCUUUGGAAUCAUCCCAGAAUUGGUAAAGGAACUGAGUUAUAUUGGAGUCCUGCACUGAAGACAGUGGUAUAGUGUACUUCAGUAGCCCUUGUAGGUAACCAAGUAAGAACGGGUACUGAAACAUAAUACAGACAAGAGAAUAUCAAAUCAAACCAAGGACAUUGAGUACAUCUUGUCAGUGGGACAAGGCUGCCAUGUAAAUGUUGUCAAUUCCUUUGCAUGGUCUGGAUUGGUGCCUUUUCCAACCUGAGAGUUUACUGCACUGCCUCUGUGUGAUAGUCAGAGAGUCAGUGGGUUGUGAGAGAGAAGGAUAUGUUMAGGUAGUCAGGGGUUGGUUGUUAGCCUUUUCUCAUUUGCAUUCUUUGCUGCCCAGCCACACAGACCCAGGCCUAUUCAUAUUCAACAGUGUAUGUAGGCUGAAGUCACAGCGCUAGGUGCUACCUUCUUACCUGUGUGUGAAUGGCUUCCACAGGCCAUUGUGUUGAUUAGAGCGGCACGUAGCCUAGCGGUUAGGGCAUUGGGCCAGCAACCGACGAGGUAAAAAAAAAAAAACGAAAAUCGCACUGCACUUUUUAUUUAUUUUAUUUUCCCUUUAUUUAACCAGGUAGG